AUGUCACUAAACCACAAAUAAACAGUGGGCAUAUAUAUUCCUCCACUAGCAUAGCUGAGAGGGUUUGUAGUUUGCAUACACAUCACUUGGAAGAAAAAAGAAAGUGCUUGAAGAUGGCAGAAGCAGAAGAAACUAAAAAACAACUAAGCUCUUCAUGGCUCUGUUUGUCUGCAAAAUGCUUCCCCAUCACCACUUCUUAUUCUAAGUCCGCAGGAAAUAGUUCCGACGACGACGAAAUUUACCAUUCCGCAGCUGACAAUUUGCCAAAACAAACCACUCCAAGAAAGCCCGGUGGAUGGAGAUCCAUGCCAUAUAUAAUAGGAAAUGAAACGUUUGAGAGAUUAGCCACAGUAGGGCUGCUGGCAAAUUUUAAUGUCUUCUUGAUGACACAGUUUCACAUGGACCAAGUUUACGCAUCGAAUGUGAUCAAUAUAUGGUCCGGUAUCUCCAACUUUGCGCCUCUUCUUGGCGCCUACAUCUCCGAUGCUUAUGUCGGAAGGUUUCGCACCAUUGCUUUCUCCUCCUUCGCCGUUCUUCUGGGAAUGGUGUGCUUGACUCUAGUUGUAUCUGUUCCUGGUCUGCAUCCACCAAAAUGUACUGAUCAGGAAGCCAACCUGAGUCAGUGUGUGGGCCCCACAGGUUCGCAAUUCGGGAUGUUGAUCCUAGGCUUAGGUUUUCUGACCAUAGGCACAGGUGGCAUUAGGCCAUGCAGCCUUCCAUUUGGUUUAGACCAGUUUGAUCCCACAACAGAUAAAGGAAGAAGAGGCAUUACUAGCUUCUUCAAUUGGUAUUAUGUGACUUUCACUAUUGUUUUGAUCAUUGCCUUAACUGUGGUGAUUUACAUUCAAGACUCUGUCAGUUGGAUCCUCGGGUUUGCUCUCCCUACUGGAUUUAUGGCAAUUUCGAUGGUGUUGUUCUUUGUCGGUAUGAGAAUAUAUGUGUACAUUAAGCCGGAGGGCAGUGUGUUUUCUGGCAUUGCACAAGGGCUUGUGGUGGCUUACAAGAAACGGAAAGUUAAGCUUCCGACAGAUGGCAAUGUUCAAGGCGUUUAUUAUGAUCCACCUCCAGUAGGAGCCUCUGCAUUGUCAAGGCUAGUGCUGACAAAUGAAUUAAGCUUCUUGAACAAGGCUGCUGUAAUAUUGGAUGGCGAAGUAAAGCCAGACGGCUCAAAGGUGAAUCCAUGGACAUUAUGCAGUAUCCAACAAAUCGAAGAAGUGAAAUGCCUGAUCAAUGUAAUCCCUGUUUGGGCUUCUGGGAUUAUUUGUUUUCUUGCCAUGACUCAACAAGGCACAUUCACCGUCUCACAGGCCCUAAAGAUGGACCGACAGCUUAAUCCGCAUUUCAAAAUUCCAGCAGGAUCACUAGCAGUAAUAUCUAUGAUCACAAUAGGAUUAUGGAUUCCACUAUACGAUCGUGUUGUUGUGCCAUCAGUACGAAAAAUCACUAAAAUUGAAGGUGGAAUCACAUACCUUCAGAGGAUUGGAAUUGGAAUUUUUUUCUCCGCGCUCUCAAUGGUUGCUGCAGGAAUUUUUGAGAAAAUGAGAAGAGACUCUGCAUUAGCACACCCGAAUCCAGAUGGAAUUGCACCUAUUUCAGUCUUUUGGCUUGCACCGCAACUUAUAUUAAUGGGAUUUGCCGAGGCAUUUAACAUUAUUGGACAAAUCGAAUUUUACUACAAAGAAUUUCCCGAUACAAUGAGAAGUCUAGCAGUUUCAUUAGUAUUUAUAACUGGAAGCGGGGCUAAUUAUCUUAGUACAUUGGUGGUUAACAUCGUGCAUAGUACGACAGCAAAGAACGGAAAACCAGAUUGGUUAACAAAGGAUAUCAAUGUUGGAAGAGUUGAUUACUUUUACUAUCUUAUAGCAUUUAUGGGAGCACUGAAUCUGGCUUAUUUUCUAGUUGUAUCUCGACGCUAUCGUUACAAGAGGGCCAGGAUGGUUGGUGAUGAAAAACCUGGAUUUGAUGUGGAGCUUGCAGCUGAUGGCAAGCCUUGAACAAGUGUCAACUUUAACUUAACAGCAACUUAUUAUGAUGUAAAGUCGAUGUCUCAGAUAUACAAGAGAUCGACUGAUAUAAUUCAGACUGUGCAAGCACUAUUAUGAUUCAAGCCUAAGAAAUGGCUGUGCAUAAUUGUUUCA